AUUCUAUUAAUACUCGUCCAAAUCUUCUUCUUAAAAAACAGGGACUAUUGCACCCCACCCGUUCGACUCAAUUGCCCACCCAGCCACCAAAUACUUCUUCCGUGCUUCAGGAGCACACCUCCGAAUUCUCUCUCUCUCUCUCUCUCUCUCUCUCUCUCUCUCUCAUUAGCCAUGUCUUCAUGUCUCUCUGCUUCUUCUCUUCUGCCGGCCUAAAGCUUCCUCAUACAUACAUUUUUUAAUAGACAUGUCUGAAUGAGUUGUAGUGGUGGUUUUGUGUUGAUCGCUCCUAGACUACUGUAAAGCCGGUCAUGGGUUUGUCGUGAUCUGCGCGUUUCCUUUUCCUUCUGCCGUUAUUGUUGUUGGGUUUGGUCUAAGUGGCAUCAAAUUCGACUUUUAUUUUAUCUCGGGCACUUUUAGCUGUAAAGAUCCUCCCUCUCUUUCUCUGCCAAUUAAACUAACCCGUACCAUAUGACCUGAGAUUGAAUAAGUGAACUGGGUUCACAAAAAAAAAAGUACUGGGUAUCCAAGGGUGGUUCGGUUCGUUGGCAUGACUUCUUCCCUUAUUCUUUUAGCGUUUUUAGAGUCUGGGUAGUUGAUGUUUUCGACUGAAUUGGACUCUGUUAAAUAGAGAGGAGGGGGGUUUCUGUUCUUGGUUCAGUCAUGGCUCCUGCUGGGAGGAUGUCUGUUUUCUUCCGUGAGGGUAACGACUGGUUUGCCAAGCGACAUCACGGUAAUUGUAGACGGAGUGAACUUCCAUCUGCACAAGGCUAAACAACUUGUUCGUGAAGAGGAUAAAUUUACGAUUCAAAUUGUAGAUAUGUUCACGAGAAAGUCUGAACUCUUGUGUUUUUUUUAGUGGGAAAGAGGAAGACAAUUACAGAACUUUGCAUGCAUAAUUUCCUCUUAUAUCAAAAUGCGGGAAGAUAGCGAAAAUAGUGGAGGAAUCUCAAAGUGUCCAGGAGGGGACUUUCACAACAACACUAGAAGGAUUCCUUGGUGGUCCUGACACUUUCUUGCUUGCUGCUAAAUUCUGCUACGGCGUCAAGGUGGAAUUUACAGCUAGAAACAUCAUAAUGGUAUAUUGUGUAGCUGACUAUCUUGAAAUGACUGAUGAGUAUGGAGAAGAUAACUUACGUUCUAUGUCUGAAAGUUUCUUUCAUAACAAUGUGCUCCGGAGUUGGAAAGAUUGUAUUAUGGCGCUUCAAAGUUCUGAACCAGUCGGAAAAAAAGCUGAUGAGCUCCAAAUCAUAAGCAAAUGCUUAAAUUCUCUAUCUAUGAUGGUUUGUACAGAUCCUAGUCUAUUUGGGUGGCCUAUGAUGAUGUAUGGUAGCUUACAGAGCCCCGGGGGUAGUAUUCUGUGGAAUGGAAUAAACACUGGUGCCAGAAUCCGAAGCUCAGAAUCCAACUGGUGGUUUGAAGAUGUAUCCUAUCUCAGUGUCUUUUUAUUUGAGAGACUUAUUUGGACUAUGGAAAAAAGGGGUAUAAGACCUGAAAAUUUGGCGGGUGCUAUUAUGUAUUAUGCGAAAAAGUACCUUCCUGGUAUGGGGAGAUGGCAAGGCGGACAAAGUACCCAUACUAGAACAGUAGCAAGUCUCAACUUGACACCUGUUGUUGUAGAUCAGAGAGUACUUUUGGAAAGCAUUGUAAAGCUGCUCCCAGAAAAGAAGGGGAAAUCCUUUUGCCGUUUCCUACUUGGGCUUCUUCGUGUUGCGUUGAUAUUAGGUGUUAAUGACUUAUGCCAGGACUCUCUGGAGAGAAGAAUAGGGGUGCAACUGGAUUUCGCCUCCCUUGAUUCUCUGCUGAUACCUAGUUAUUCGGAUUCUGAUACUUUGUAUAAUACCGACUGUGUUGAGCGGAUUAUUCAUCAUUUUACAAGUUCAGAACCAAAACCAAGUUUGUUCUCUCCAUUAUCAUGUGAUCUGGAAGAUUCACCGUCAUCUGGACCAAUAAAGAUAGUUGCGAGGUUGAUAGAUGGUUACAUGGCUGAAGUUGCUUCUGAUGUGAACUUGAAACCUGGAAAGAUGCGCGCUCUUGCGGAGGCCCUUCCAGAGUCUUCUAGAUCUUUGAAUGAUGGUCUAUACAGAGCACUCGACAUAUAUUUCAAGGCACACCCUUGGCUCCCAGAUAAAGAGAAGGAGCAACUGUGCAACAUCAUAGACUUCCAAAAGCUCUCUAUUGACGCUUGUGCACAUGCAUCUCAAAAUGAAAGGUUGCCACUUAGAGUCAUUCUUCAAGUCCUUUUCUUUGAGCAAUUGCAACUGAGAGCAGCUCUAGCAGGUUGCCUUCACGUUUUAGACCCUGAGAGCGCUCCUGCGGGUCUCACAAACAUCCCAACUGACAUACCAGGUCAGAUCAUACAAAGAGACGGAUGGGUGUCUGUGGUGCGCCAGAACCGUGUUUUGAAGGUGGACCUGGAGACAAUGAAGUCUAGAGUUGGAGAACUUGAAGAAGAUUUAAGUAAAAUGAAGCAAGAGAUGAGACGGGUGACUAAGUCACAUAGUUCCCUAAGUUCUCCCCGUUUUGUUGGUCGGAGGACAGGAUGCAAGCUCGUUCCACGAUCAUCUGAUGCUCAGGAAGACAUCGUUGAAAUCAUGCCGCCUACCCCAAGAGUGUCAGUUGAGCCAGCACGGACUUCCGGUGCUUCUAGACAUCGGAAAACCUUCUCUUUGACUUGAGCUACUUACAUGGACGCAGUAUUGGACUAGAAUCGCUUCAUAAAGGCUGGCAUCGAAAGGAGUCUCUCCCACCUGAUUAUUUUUUUGGUUGACAUUUCUGGAGAUCCCCCAAUACGAAAGUGGAAAGGAAAAUGAUGCGCCGUUCAACGUUUUGAGAAGCACAGAAUGGUGGGGGUAAUGCUAUCCCGCCGGAGGGGAGCAAGGAAGGAUACAGGUCUGUGCAGCUAUGCUUAGAGCCUUGACAGAGUAAAUGCAAUUGUACAAGGACCUUCAAUUUUACAAAAGAAAACUCAUUGUUUUUUUGUGAUGUAUUUAUCUUUUGGGGGGUUAUUAUACAUGUACAGCACUUUGAAACAACUGGUUAGGUUGUUGAAAAGUGGUAAGAUAUAGAGGUCAUUGGUUGCAGCAUGAGACUUUUGUUGUACAAUAUAUAUUUUUGAAUGCUAUUGUCACUCAAAGAUGCUUCUCUGCA